UUUUGGACAACGCACGUUAAUUUCAUUUCAAAAAAACCCAAAAAUGGAUCAAUGGAAAGGAAAAAUCGCCGUUGUUACAGGCGCAAGUGCAGGGAUCGGAGCUGAUAUCGUCAAAGAUUUAGCAAAAGCAGGCAUUCAUGUUGUCGGAUUGGCUCGCAGAAAGACAAAAAUUGAAGAAAUAGCUAAAGAAAUGUCCCAUGCUCCCGGCAAAAUUUACGCAAUGGAGUGUGAUGUAUCGAACAUUGAUUCCGUUGCAAAAGCCUUCAAUGAGAUCGAAAAGAAAUUCAAGUAUGUUCACAUUUUGGUAAACAAUGCGGGAAGAACGAAGUACGGAAAAUUUUUCGAUGAGAAAUUGCCUGUUGAUGAAAUAAAGUCAACAAUCGAUAUUAAUUUGACGGGUUUGGCAGCUUGUACUCGUGCAGCUCACAAAUUAAUGAAAAAACACGAAGAUCCUUGUUACAUCAUCAAUAUCAAUAGUGUUGUUGGGCAUAUGACGCCGUUGCCGGGAUUCGAUAUGUCAAACGUUUAUUCAGCAACGAAGCACGCCGUGACAAACCUUACGAGCACAAUUCGAAUGGAAUUAAAUGGCGCUGGAAAUAGACGUAUUAAAGUCACUAGUGUAAGUCCCGGAAUUGUCAAAACAGAGUUUAUCGAAGCAGCACAAAUACCUUCUGAAAAUUGGGAAGCGUUUAAAAAUGAACCUGCGUUAUCCGGAAAGGAUGUUUCAAGCACGAUUUUAUAUUUAUUGAGCACUCCUGCACAUUUGAAUGUUACUGAAUUAACUGUUCAACCAACAGGCGAAAAAUUCUAAAAAAAUGAUUUCACAAGAAAUUUCGUUAAUUUGAAGCAAAUUGUGUGUUUUGUGACAAUAAAACAUUUUUUUUCCUUAAUUUGAGAAAUUACUUAAUCUCCAUGUCAAAACCAAUUAA